GGGCGGAAGUGUUAUUGUUGUCGCUGCUAGCCGGAGAAGCACAGGCGGCUAGCGCUGCUAGCACCGCGGGCAGAAACCUUCAUUUUAAACUUACACACACAAAAAACAAAAAGCUGCCCGACAACAUUCACCUGCAAUCUCUCUGUAGCGUCAACAACAACAACAACAACAACAACAACAACGGCGUCAAACUGGCAGUUUACCCGUCGGACGACAACAUUGCCGCCGUGAACGUUAUGACUAAUACAUGUUUAGGGAUCAGGUUGUUUUCUUAGCAUUAGCCUCCGAGUAACAAACAAACAAACAAACAAACAAACAAACAAACAUGGAGACUCGGGGGAUUGAAGACAUGUUUGACUUCCGUCGGUUUCCCAAAGAUGCGGUUGUCCUCCUGCUGUUGCUGGUUUACUUUCCAGUUGGCAUAUGUUUGACGUUUAUACGGAUUUUUAUCGGUGUCCACGUGUUCUUGGUCAGCUGUGCACUUCCAGAAAGUUUUAUUAGAAGAUUUAUUGUCAGGAUUAUGUGCUCAGUCCUGGGGAUGCAUGUGCGACAAAAAAACCCUCGCUCCAGAGACAGAAACACCAAGCUGUACAUGUGCAAUCAUGUGACCGAGUUCGACCACAACAUAAUCAACCUUCUGACCCCCUGCAGUACCCCCCAAUUAGAGGGCUCCACAGGCUUUGUGUGUUGGGCCAGAGGCUUCAUGGAAAUCCAUUCAGCACCUGGCCAGGAAGCAAUAGGAGAGUCUCUUCAGAGGUACAGCUCCACCGAAGGCACCCCGCCUUUGCUCCUGUUUCCUGAAGAAGACACCACAAACGGUCGUGCUGGCCUGCUCAAGUUCAGUUCUUGGCCUUUCUCAUUGACUGAUUCCAUUCAGCCUGUGGCCUUACGGGUGACCAGACCAUUGAUUGCUUUGAGCACACCAGAGUCAAGUUGGCUGAUGGAGCUGUUGUGGACUUUUUUUGCUCCAUGUACAGUGUAUCAUGUAAGUUGGCUCCCACCAGUGUCCAGACAAGAUGGGGAAUCCAUGCAGGAGUUUGCCAACAAAGUCCAGGAGCUACUAGCUGGUGAACUUGGCUUGGUCUCCACUAAGAUCACCAAAGCUGACAAAGCAGAGCACAUCAAAAGGAAAAGGCACAUUGUACCACAAACAUCUACAAGUGUCAGACCUGCCUCUAUUGGCCUCGGUUUCAUGGUCCAGAGUUUGGGCACGGAUGAUCAUAGGAUUGCUAAAAUGGCCCAACAGGUGAAGGAUGUGCUGCCUCAUGUCCCACUGAAUGUAAUCACAAAGGACUUAGCCAAAACCAAUUGUGUUGACACGACCAUAACAAAUCUGCUGGAGAACAAGGAGGAAACUCAAAUGGAAGCAACCGAGACGUCGUCAUAUGGGCCUUCGAAGAGCAGCUCCUAUUCCUCCGGUCCUGCUCCCACCAUAAAGCCUGCUGCCAAAUCCUUUGGGAGAUCACCAACUGACAGACAUUUGUCUCUCCAAGAGAGAAAAGAAGCGCUGUACAAUUUUGCAAGAAGACGCUACAUUGAGAAACACGGAUUGGAUCAAGAGGACAGUCACUGAACACACGUUGGGUCAAGCCAUCAUUGAAAGCAUAUUCAACUUGCAUAGCUGUCUAAUCUGGAUGGUGAUUUUAUAUUCUGUGAACUGGUUCUUUUGAAGAGCAGAAUUGUUAAUAAAUGCAAAUAAUGGAGACAAGUAUUCAGAACAUGUCUAUGUUGAUGGAAUGGUGAUUAUGCAUGUGUUUAAUUCUUCAUUCUGGCUGAUACAUAAUUUUGAUAACAAUUUGUAUUACGAUCCACUGACUGUGAAUCAUCUAUUUAUUUUUAUAAUGUCCAGAGUCGUCGAUGAAAAAUAAAGUUCAGCUUGACCUUAA